GGACGCGUGAGGCUAGCGCGCAGGGAGGCCGGAGCGGGCUGCGCGGCGGCGCCAUGUCCGUGAACAUGGACGAGCUCAAACACCAGGUCAUGAUCAACCAGUUCGUGCUGACGGCGGGCUGUGCGGCCGACCAGGCGAAGCAACUGCUGCAGGCGGCCCACUGGCAGUUCGAGACAGCCCUCAGCGCCUUUUUCCAGGAGACCAACAUCCCCUACAGCCACCACCACCAGAUGAUGUGCACUCCCGCCAACACCCCUGCCACGCCCCCCAACUUCCCUGAUGCCCUCACCAUGUUCUCCCGUCUCAAGGCCUCUGAAAGCUUCCACAGUGGUGGCAGCAGCGGCAGCCCAAUGGCCACGUCGGCCACGUCACCCCCACCGCACUUCCCCCAUGCCACUGGCAGCUUUGCAACACCCAGCUGGCCAACUGCAGCCUCGCCCCCAGGAGGCCCACAGCACCUCCAGCCGCAGCCGCCCCUGUGGACUCCGGCACCCCCUUCCCCGACUUCAGACUGGCCUCCCCUGGCUCCCCAACAGGCCACCUCAGAACCAAGGGCCCACCCUGCCAUGGAGGCAGAGAGAUAAGGGAGGCCCCUCCCCCCUCCCGGAGGCCAGAACCCCGUGGGGUGGGGGAGAGGAUGUCUCCGUGGGCCCCUUCACCCCUCCUCUGUCUGCACCCCUAAACCCCAGAGCCCUGGAGGGGAGAGACUGGACUCUAGCCAGGCAGUCUUGUGCCAGCACUCAGCUGCACGCACGCACGCAAGUUCACAGCACAGGCACCCCCAGCUCGCAUGGAUCUGACUCAAAGUGGCUUGGGUGCCUAGUGGGCAGCACCUUGGAGACCAAGCAGCCAUCCCAACGAAGACUUACCUGCCUGGCCCCACCACCUGGAGUGUUUCAGAGAAUCACUUGGUGGCAGACACAUGAUGACUCCUGUCUUGGGGCCAGUAGGCCUAGAUCCCUACCCUUGGGAAUGCAGAGCCUUCUCCGCAUGUGUGCGUGUAGCUGUGUCUUAUGUAUUUAUACGUAUGUCGCUCUUCAAAAGCAACCUAGUUUAUGGGGCAGCUGGACUUUGCAUGUUAGAGUGAGCCCCAAGCCCCUUGGCCCGCCACCCUGUUGUUUGAAGGGCCCUGCCUCACUCCACCUCCUUAUCUGCCAGCAUUGCUGUUUCCUGCGAAGGAUUAUGGGAAACUCCAGGACUCUUCUACCCAGCCCCUGCCUGCAAGGGUUCCCUGCAUGCCUGUUUCCCAGAGCCCAGGGGUACCUGGUCCCCAUUUCCUACCCCUCUUUUAACAAAAGAGAAAAGAAUUCCAAACCA